AGAAAGCCCAUUCGGAUUUCCGACGGAGACAUUUUAAGAUCACGACACGCCGCUGCAUUUGCACGACGGCUAACGGAUACACUGGUUUUGUCUGCCAAUCCAUCCCCAUUCGAUCCUACCUUUGUCUUGUGUUGUCGGAAAGCACUUCCCGAAUUUAUUUUCUUCUUGAAGAAAUGGGCAUGCUUACAGGGUUGACUAUAGAAAAUAAAUUUCAGCCCAAAUCUAUAGACUUGCAGAGAAGACAAAUCCAAGGUCUAAAGGGGGAAAAGCUGCAGUUUCCAAGAAGCUGGUCCUAUCUAAAGAACAGAAUUGCUUGCAGUUUAUCCCAGCCAGAUGGAAUUUCCUCUGCUAAUGUGGAGUGUAAAAAAGAUCAGCCUUUGGUUAAGAUGUGUGGAAUUACAUCUGCUAGAGAUGCUGCUUGGGCAGCAGAAGCUGGUGCCAAUUUCAUUGGGAUGAUUCUGUGGCCUAACUCAAAACGUUCCAUUUCACUUGCUGCUGCAAAGGAAAUUUCAAAAGUUGCGAGGGAAUAUGGGGCAAAACCUGUUGGAGUAUUCGUGGAUGAUGAUGCAGACACAAUAUUAAGAGCGUCAGAUGCAUCAGACCUUGAACUUGUGCAACUUCACGGAGAAGGUUCUAGGGCAGUUUUUCCAAAAUUAGUGCAAGACAGAAAGAUACUAUAUGUUCUUCAUGCUAAUGCGGAAGGGAAUCUUUUGAACCAAAUUUCUGAAGAAGAUUGCUCUUUAGUAGAUUGGAUUCUUGUGGAUAGUGCAACUGGUGGGAGUGGCAAAGGGUUUAAUUGGGCUGAGUUCAAGUUACCACCAAUCAAAAGCAAACAUGGAUGGCUGUUGGCUGGAGGGAUCAACCCUGAUAAUGUCAGUGAAGCAAUCUCCACCUUGAAACCCCAUGGAGUUGACGUGAGUAGUGGCAUCUGCGCAACAGAUGGUAUUCAAAAGGAUCAAUCACGAAUUUCUUCCUUCAUGAGUGCAGUACGUUCCGUGCGCUAUUAAGUGAUAAUAGGAAAUUGCCACAGGGCAAGUAAUUCAAUUGUCUAGGCACCAAUUUGUUAUCUUCAUGUACAUUUAUUAGCUGGAAUCCGUAUUUCAUUCCAUGAAAUGAUAAGCAUCCAUGGAUGCAUUUUUGUUCUGCUGAAUUUCAGAGCAUUUUAAGUAAAAAUGUUACUUUUGA